AGUGUCAGCCAACAAUAAAGUGUAAUCCGAAGUACAGUUUCGUAUCACUACCUAAAUAGGACUCGCACCCACGGAAAUGGAUCUAGUAAAACUGUUCAGUGUGCUGCUUAUCUGUGCCUCUUUGAUCUUCGUCUGUGAAGCGCAGCUCACAUUCACGCCAUCCUGGGGAAAGCGAUCAUCAGCUCAAAUGGCGUUGAAUAUGCCGAAUGCGUUCGGAGGCCAGGAUGGUUGCAAAACACCCGUUGAUUCACUGAUGGUUAUCUAUCGGAUGAUACAGAGCGAAGCCCAAAAAAUCCUGGAUUGUAACCAGAAGUGAACGAAGCUCGUACGGCUGUCAUCAACGCUCAACAAGAAACCGAAAUUAGUCCCAACCAGCGGAGAAUGCUUUUAUUUUUGCUCUACUUGCUAAGUUUCAAAAGUGUAUGUACCUAUACAAAUACCUAUAUAUCACAUCCGUUUCGUUCCCUGUGAGAUGCAAAUCACUCGAGAGGUACACGCAAAUACAUACAUAUACAUGCUAGCGUAGAUCACAGAAAAUGGCAUAAGUGAAAA